UCGAGAGACCUUUGAACAAAGGCCAGAAGAAAGAAAAACGAAUUUCGAAUUAUUGUUGAAAAAUUUCCAGUAAGCCAUCAUGGCAGCAAGAAGCGAAAUGGACUUGGAAGACAAUUUGGACAGCUCGACAAGCAGCCAAAUUAGCAAGUCCAAGGAAUCUAGUUCGGCAUUAGGCAACAAACGAGUGCUCUACACUCCCUUCAAGUUAUUCUUCAGGGACUUUCUGAUACGGGAAGGGAGAAACCCUGAAAGGAACUCCAGCAAGAAACUCCUGAAAAAGGCACUUAAGGCGUGGCGGCAAAUGGAACCGCGAAAAAAACUCCUGUACCAAAUAAUGAUGAGAGUGCAGAUUGCAAAGGAGCGGAAGGUCAGGGAACUGGCACUGAAGAAAAACCCAAAGGAUAAACCAAUGCAGGAUGGGAUCGAGAGCAUCGAAAAAAGAAAGCUUAAGCGCAAAGUCAUACUAGUGGUGCCCUCUUUGAGGAGUAUGCGCCCCAGGAUGGUAGCCCGGCGACCCACUCCGUUGCCCAGUCCCCAAAAAAGAGAGAAAAAUCGUUCAAAGAGAUUGCCUAAAUAUGUUCCCUAUCGCCAAAAAAAACAAGCACCAUUAUUAAAACUGUGAUGAUGGAGUUAUAAACACUUUAUUAAAGUAAUUUUUGCAUUAAA